AUGGGGGCUUGUGGAUCGAAGCAAGAUACGACAAAUAAGGACGGCAAGACAGCUGAGGAUCGCAAAGUUGCGUGGGAGCGCAUCCGCCAGGCGAUUCCUCGUGAAAAGACCCCCGAGGCGAAACAGCGCCGCAUCGACCUGUUCAAGAAGUUUGACAAGAACGGCACUGGCAAGCUGAGCUAUGAUGAGGUGUACGAUGGCUGCCUCCAGUUGCUGAAGCUUGACGAAUUCACGACGCGGCUGCACGACAUCACGAAACGAGCGUUUAACAAGGCGAAGGAUAUGGGCAACAAGGCGGAGAACACGGGUUCCGAGGACUUUGUCGAGUUCCUGGAGUUCCGUCUGAUGCUUUGUUAUGUAUAUGACUACUUUGAGCUGACGGUGAUGUUUGACGAGAUCGACAAAUCCGGCAACAUGCUGAUUGACGAAAAGGAGUUCGAGGAGGCCGUACCCAAGCUUGAGCAAUGGGGCGCCAAAAUCACCGACUCGAAGGCGGUGUUCAAGGAACUCGAUAAGAACGGGUCUGGCGCUGUGACGUUUGACGAGUUUGCCGCCUGGGCUUCGGCGCUCAAACUUGACGUUGACGGUGAUCCGGACAAUGUGCCAAAUAGUUAG